AUGGGCGGUGUCGAUAACGUUGAUGAAGCAAUGGAUUCAAUGACUACCAGCAUGACUGAUGUCAUGCGUUCAGACACCACAGGCUUCACAAUCCCUGGGAAAGCUUUUCGGGACGAAUCAUACAUCCAUGUGAGGUGGCCUUGGAUAAUUCUUCCGACGCUUGCAAUUAUUUUCUCGAUUAUGCUAUUGAUAGCCACCGCAACCAUAACUCGCAGGUUUAAUACGAUGCUGUGGAAAGAUUCCGUGCUGCCGUUGCUCAUGUUUCGACUUCAGACAGAUUCGGCAGAGGAUAUUGAGUCUCUGUCCAAGGUCGAUGAAGCGGAGCGUAUUUCGAAGCAGAUCAAAGUUGUUGGUGGAGAAAAGGGUGCCCCUCUUGUGUUUUCUGAGAUUAAGGAUGGUCUUCAUUGA